AUGUUCCUAUGCAUGACCAGACCAGCUUCCAUCAUGAAGAUGCUAGUGUGUGCUCUUAUUGUGCUGCUUCUCUGCAGUGCCUCAGUGCACUCGCUGACAUGCUACACCUGUGUGGAUGGGGACUGCAAGACCCCAAACGAAUGUCCAGCCUCAAGCAAUUUCUGCAAAACAGUUUCAACAGCCACUGUGUUCAGCCGGACAUGUGAGGAGUUCUGUGUUCCGGGAGUGAACAUCCACUGCUGCACUUCUGAUCUUUGUGACUGAUCUCUCAACGUCACCAGUCCUGCUGAUCGACUGUCCUUGAGUCAGGCACUCAUGUUCAUUGUAAUAGCGUAGCAGGAAAAAUAUCAUUGGGUUACUCUAGGUGUAUAAUUUUUCUAAUGACUUUUUUCCAUCUGACUCAACAUGGUUUGCUUUACAUAACAUUACUUAAUAAAGGAAUGUCUAAUAAGCAUGGUUUCUGUCCCAGAUCGGCAUGAUUUGAUUUAUGAAUUGAAUAAAAUCUACUCAGUAAAA